AUGUCCUCCACUCUCCCAGAUGCCUCCAAAGUCGGACUCCCCGCCUCCGAUGCCACCAGCGCCGCCGAACUCGCCAGUCUUAAGGUAAGACUUCGCGCCGCCCUGCGACAGUUCCCGGAUUUCCCCUCUCCCGGAAUAUUAUUCGAGGAUAUCCUUCCUAUCUUCGCCGAUCCUUCUCUGCAUGAGGCCCUGAUCCGCUCCCUGGAACUUCACAUCAUCGCCAACUAUGGUGGCCAAAAGCCCGAUGUCAUUGUUGGCCUCGAGGCCCGUGGCUUCCUGAUGGGUCCCAGCCUGGCGCUGCGUCUGGGUGCCAGCUUCGUCCCCGUGCGCAAGCAGGGCAAGCUCCCCGGUCCUUGUGAGACUCAGGGCUACGAGAAAGAGUAUGGUCAGGAUUUCUUCCAGAUGCAGGCCGAUUCCAUCAAGCCCGGUCAGAAGGUCCUCGUCAUUGAUGACAUUAUUGCUACUGGUGGCUCUGCCAAGGCCGGUGGUGAGCUGAUCCAGAAGAUGGGCGGCGAACUCCUCGGUUUCAUCUUCCUCCUCGAACUCGAGUUCCUUCACGGACGCGACAAGCUCCCCGCGCCGGUCUACACUCUCCUCUCUGGCCAGGCUUAA